AUAUCAGUGGAACCCUUCUGAGACUACCGUAAUCGAACACACCUGGGGUAAAGUGGUUUCCACCUUAUACUCUAAGAAAUUGCAUCGUUGGCUAAAACGUCCCAGACCUACUUUUGUUCCAGAAGAUGUAUGGGAAAGCUGGAAGACAUAUUGGGCCUCUGACAAGUGGCUGAAAAAAUCUCGUAUCGCCACUCAAAAUCAACACAGUGAGAUUGGUUGUCCAUGCACUGUUCAAAGCAAGCAUACUGGUGGUUAUAAAUCAACAGUGGAGCAUACUAUAAAAUUGGCAAUAGACCUGCGUCGUCCUGUGAAUUCAUGGGAUGUCUUUAAGAAGCUGCACAAAAGAAAGGAUGGCAGCUUUGUUGAUCCCAAGUCUAAGAGCAUUAAGGAUGAAAUGGAGGCUAGGGUGGCUGCUGCUAUAAGUUCAUCAGAUGAUUCACAAGAAGUUCAAGAACUCGAUGUAAAUAACAUAUACUUGGAUGUUGUGGGUGGAGAGAAAAAACGACGUGUGUAUGGAUUGGGCUCUCAAGCUUUGACUAUGUAUAAAGAUUAUAAUUCUGCCACUUCAUGCAAUAUAGUGACUGAUCGUGCUGCUGAUCAAGAGCGCAUCAAAUUACUUGAGGAAGAGAUGUUGCGAAUGAAAGAAAAUCAAGAGAGGAUUAUUCAAGAGCGUGUAGAGGCGGAAGUGCAACAACGCGUAGAGAAGGAGGUCUCGGAUCGGUUUAAGUCUAUGGAGAAUCGAUGGUCUCACAUGAUGAGCGUGAUGGGUUUAUCUUCUCGCUCAUCUGGUAGUCCUACUCUCCCUAAUGGGGACUCACCAAAUGCUUAAGUGUUUAACAUUUUAGACUUUGGUUAGUUGGAUAUUCUAAGUGUUGUUUCCAACGUUGUCAGACUUUUGUUAGUUGGAUGCUUUGUAAGUUUAAAAAUUUUGUAUACUUUUGCUUAUUGAAGUGGUGUAUUUGCGUGUUUUAACUGUAAG